AUGACGACCGAGACUGCCUCGCUUUCGAAUCUGCGUCAGACCUACGACUACCUCGUCGUGGGCGGAGGAACUGCGGGCCUGGUCGUCGCUAAUCGACUGACCGAAGAUCCUACUGUGAGCGUGCGGGUGCUGGAGGCAGGCGGUAAUUGCGUUGACGACCCGCGAAUUGCGGUGCCUGGAUUAGCAGCCAGCACCUAUUUCGACCCCGCGUUCGACUGGUGUCUUAACCGGUCCCCCACAGUUGAUCCGACAUUGAUACGUGGGAGCAGCUCGGCAAUCCUUGAUGGAGCUGGGAGUCGCUGUCGGGCUAUCUACGUAGAUCGCAAACCUUCGCCCCACCGUCAGACGAGAUCCGCGAUCAGCUGUCGUUUGGCUAUAUCGAUCCGGCGAUCCAAGACACCGAUGGCCAUGCUGUCGCAGGCGAUCGGGGGCGUGGUGGAUGACCAGCUGAGGGUGUACGGAUAUUGCAAUCUGCGCGUGGUGGAUGCGGGGGUCAUCCCUCUGAUCCCGCGGGGAAACAUCCAGGCCACGGUUUUUGUGGUGGUUGAGAAGGCUGCAGACAUCAUCAAGGAAAGUCGACAGUAG